AUACCUUUCUCGGCCUUUUGGCUAAGAUCAAGUGUAGUAUCUGUUCUUAUCAGUUUAAUAUCUGAUAUGUGGGCCAUGUGCCCACUUCGAUAUUAAAUUUAUUUUUUGUGGGGGAGGGGUCACUACAGUGGCUUGCCACUGGGCCCCUUGCGCGUCGCCCAGCCGUUGCACUGCUGGCAGGGCCCGGCGCACCCCAACCAAUCCUAAGUUAAACUUUUAUUUUGUGAUUGUGAUUUGUGAAUUUAUAUGAUUAAUUAAAAACUCAGUUAAUGGAAGUGCCAAGUUCUAAUUUUUAUUUUAGAUUGGAAUAUUAAAAUAAAAUGUUAAAAUGUGUAGGGAAAUAUUUGGAUGUAGUGACUCAAAUAUGUAAUUAACGUGUUUAAAAUAAGCUAUUCUCUCUUUAAUAUUAUAUAUGCUGAAGGUAGAGAUAUAAAAGGAAAUAAGGCAUGGGAGUUCCCCUCGGCCCAUUAUCACUGGUGAAGGAGGGCCAAAUGGGCUGGGCCGAAAUAAACUUGUUGUAGUCUCGGCUGGCCUGCUCCCAAGUGGCCCUCCCUCCCUCGCACUUCUUCUUAUCCCUCUCGUUGCUUAUCCAACGAACCCAUUCCAUUCUGUCCGUCCGUCCGUCCAUCCGCCAUGGCGACCGCCACGCUGCUGAGCUCCUCCUUCGCCAUGCCCGCCGCCGCCGCCGCCCGGAGGGCCACCUCCUCCUCUUCCUCCGCCACCUCCUUGGGCUUCGCCACGUCGCAGCUCGCCGGCCUCUCCCUCUCCGCCGGCGCCGCAACUCCAACCGCCGUCGCCCUCCUCCCCAAGAGGCAGCAGCUCCAGCCCAUUGUCGCGCGGCGGGUGUGCCCGUUCACGGACAAGAAGACGAACCGGGCCAACAAGGUGUCCUUCUCCAACCACAAGACCAAGAAGCAGCAGUUCGUGAACCUGCAGUACAAGAAGCUGUGGUGGGAGGCCGGCAAGCGCUUCGUCAAGCUGCGCCUCUCCACCAAGGCGCUCAAGACCAUCGAGAAGCACGGCCUCGACGCCGUUGCCCGCAAGGCCGGCAUCGACCUCAACAAGAAGUGAUGAGAGCAGCCAAACAAAACUAGCGGUGUGUCACUAGCUUAGCAUUCACAUUCACGGGGUCGUCUCGACUGUCUGCCUGCCUGCCUGCCUGCCUGCCUCCUGCUGUUAUUUCACAAUCAUAUUACAGCAUUAUAUUUCCUUUAUUUACUUUCCUCCCCAGUUUGAUGUGUGUACCAUACCAACCAGUGUAGGCAGAUCGAGGUUGCACAUAUAUAUGUUUUUUUGGGUCUCGUACUCGUGGUGGGAGCUAAGGUUUCCUCCUCUGAAUCGAUCGUGUGUCCAUUUCAUAGUUGUGAUCAAUCACAAUUCACGGAAAGUUAAGUAA